ACAGGCAGACACACUCUUGCUCUAGACACCAAUUCCACCAAAAAAAGUCUAAGAAAGAAAAUAAAAAGUUUGUGAUUGGCAGGUUCUUGAAAUAUUCAUUGAGUAAUCAAAGAUGAGUGUAACCUUGCAUACAGAUGUUGGUGACCUGAAAAUUGAACUUUUUUGUGAGCAGUGCCCUAAGUCUUGUGAAAAUUUCUUGGCUUUAUGCUCAUCAAAUUACUAUGAUGGAUGUCUCUUUCAUAGAAAUAUUAAGGGUUUUAUGAUACAAACUGGUGAUCCAACUGGAACAGGUAAAGGAGGGCAAUCUAUAUGGGGUCACAAAUAUGAAGAUGAAGUAAGAGAUGAUUUAAAGCAUAAUGUUCGAGGAACAGUUUCUAUGGCUAACAGGGGCCCAAAUACUAAUGGGUCUCAGUUCUUUAUAACAUAUUCGCCUCAACCACACUUAGAUCUCAAGUACACAGUUUUUGGAAAGAUUCAACUACUGUUAGCCGAAACUUUAUUACAUUCAACGCAAUGUCCAUCAGGAGCAGUUUCAUCUCCAACAGACAUGAAGCCAAAUUUUAUGUAACUCAUCAAAAUUGUGCUUCUUUGAAUAUCCAAUGGAUCUGGCAGAUUCCCUGGAACUAGUACUGGUGAUGGUGUGGGGAGAGACAUUAAUGACUUUGAUUACCUAUCUUAUGACUGAUGUCUAGUCUUUGUAGAGGAAGCGGUGGACGGGUUUGGUCCGAUCCCCAUUGUUAUUUGGGUUUCCUGUUUGAAUUAUAAUACCCUUUUAUAAUGAUGCAUUGUUUGGAGUUUUCAUUGGUUUGUGUUUAGAAACUAAAGUUUCAGAUCUGACUUGUUCAGACAAUCAUUUUGUUCUUUAAGAAUUUAACUUGUUCAGUCAAUCACUUUGUUC